AAUGGAUAAUAUGGAUAGGGAUCAAAGGCUCGAAGAAAUACAAAGAGAAUACGUAGAUUUUUUAGACGACGUGGAGGAUCAAGGCAUUUACACAACACUUAUUAAAAAUAUGAUUGAAGAAAACAAGCAGAGAUUGUCCGUGAAUGUUAACGAUUUAAGAAAAAAGAAUCCAACUAGGGCAUCAAGUCUGCUACAAAAUUGUUUCGAAGAACAUCAAGCAUUUCAGAAUGCACUGAAGCAAUUCAUUGGAAGUAUCGACGUUGAUUAUGCGAAGGAAAACAUAGAUUUUUUUAUAGCUUUUGAGGGAAGCUUUGGAAACAAACAUGUUACACCAAGGACUCUUACAUCGCGUUUUUUGGGCAACCUGGUAUGCUUAGAGGGUAUUGUUACAAAAUGUUCCUUAGUUCAACCAAAAGUUGUAAGAAGUGUUCAUUAUUGCAGUGCAACGAAGGCCAUAAUGGAAAGGGCUUAUACAGAUUUAACUUCAUUUGAAGCAUUUCCUAACAGUGCAAUGUAUCCAACUCAAGAUGAAGAUGGUAAUCCUUUGGAAACAGAAUUUGGUCUUUCCACAUAUAAAGAUCACCAGACACUGACUAUACAGGAAAUGCCUGAAAAAGCACCAACUGGCCAGUUACCAAGAAGUGUUGAUGUCAUAUGCGACAACGAUUUAGUGGAUCUUUGUAAACCAGGAGACAGAGUUCAGGUUGUUGGAAGUUAUAGAUGCCUACCUGGCAAACACGGAGGAUACACAACAGGCACCUUUAGGACAAUAUUAAUUGCUAACAAUGUCAUGCAGUUAAGCAAAGAAGCUAAUCUAUCUAUCUCCCACGACGAUGUGGCUAUGUGUAAGAAACUUGCCAAGCAUAAUCCGUGUAAGAAUAUUUUUGAGCUCCUCAGCAAAUCGCUGGCUCCUUCUAUACAUGGACACGAUUACGUGAAGAAGGCGAUAUUGUGUCUAUUACUUGGCGGUGUUGAAAAACUGUUGCCCAAUGGUACAAGAUUAAGAGGAGAUGUUAAUGUUUUGCUCAUCGGUGAUCCAUCCGUUGCGAAGUCGCAACUUCUUCGUUAUGUCUUGUGCUCUGCGCCAAGAGCAAUACCGACUACUGGAAGAGGAUCUUCUGGUGUUGGUUUAACAGCCGCUGUCACCGUGGACAGUGAAACAGGGGAGCGUAGACUGGAGGCUGGUGCUAUGGUGUUAGCGGACCGAGGAAUCAUUUGCAUCGACGAGUUCGAUAAAAUGACCGAUAUAGACAGAACAGCCAUACACGAAGUAAUGGAACAGGGAAAAGUGACGAUCGCCAAAGCUGGAAUACAUGCUAGCUUGAACGCAAGAUGUUCCGUACUCGCAGCUGCGAAUCCAGUUUACGGAAGAUACGAUCAAUAUAAAACGCCUAUGGAGAAUAUUGGACUUCAGGAUUCGUUACUCUCGCGUUUCGAUCUGUUGUUCGUCAUGUUGGACACGGUGGACUCCGAGCAAGAUCAGAUCAUUAGCGACCACGUUGUCAGGAUGCACAGAUACAGAACUCCAACCGAACAAGACGGAGAAGCGUUACCUUUAGGUAGCAAGAUAGACGUAUUGACUACGAAAAAUCCGGAUAAUAUACAUGCCGACGACACACAGACUCAAGUUUAUCAGAAGUACGAUGCCCUGUUACAUGGCAAUUUGCGCGCAAAGAGUGAUCAAAUUUUUACGGUAAAUUUCAUGAGGAAAUACAUUCACAUAGCUCGUUGUAUGAAACCAAAGCUCACCGAAGAGGCCAGUGAAGCGAUAGCUGCCGAAUACUCGAAACUGAGAUCGCACGAGUCGUUGGAAUCCGACCUAGCACGGACGUGUUUUUAUAUUCAUCAAGUUGGUGACGAGCUGCCAAUGUGCAGUAAUGGAGUAAAGAAACAUUCAUUUUAUUAGUCGAAAAACGUUACCGCCGACGAUGCCCACGCUGCAAUAGAAUUAAUAGAAUUCGCAUACUUUAAAAAGGUUCUCGAGAGAGAGAAGAAAAAACGAAGGCGUCACGAUAGCGAUGAGAGUGACGAAGAAAACGAGGCCAACGACAAGAGGAAGAAACGUACUAAGAAAAAAACAAAUGCUGCCGGAGAACAAGACCCUUAUGAUUUUGACAGCGACGACGAUAGUCACAUCGACGAAGCUACAAACAGAAUGACUAGAUCACAAACGAAACACAGUUCGACUUCUGACAGACGGUCUGACGGAUCGUCACAAGAGUCUGAAAAAACUGUUGUUCCAGAAGCUCCUGCAACUAUCACCGAAGAAAGAUUAAAAAUAUUCAGAACGCUUCUUCACAAGUUGUUCCAACAACAAAGGGCACAAUCGCUUGCACUAUCAAGAGUACGGGAAUACAUCAACAGUGAACAGUCUCAAGAAUUUACUUCCAGUGAAAUUACUGCCGCUAUUAAUAAGAUGUCCGACGCUAAUCAGAUAAUGGCUGCGGAUGAUAAUAUCUUUCUUAUGUGAACUGCCUAGUUUCUGUAAGUCCUUCAUUUUAUAUUUUUUGUACGGUUUUUUUAAAUUAUGUAUAUUUUUUAUAAAAAUUUUAUGGAACAGAUUUCAUCGAGGACUUUACAUUCGAAUAACGUAUACUCCCGAAACUCUCCCCCUUUUUUUUACGUUCAGUUAUUUUCAUACAAUUUGACUAUUUUUCAAAACGUUGUGUU